AGGCAGCAGCAGCGGCUUUCUUUUGUUUUCAUUUCUCUUUCAAAUUUUCUGGGCAUCCAAACAGGGGGGGAGUGGAAUGAAUCAAAUGUGAUGGGAGGUGGUCUCUGCACGCUCGUUCCUUGCUUCAAAGCGGCAUCUGAGCGGAAGAACCACACCGGAGCUUCGCAGCCGGAGCAUCAGCAGGACCCGAUCUUUACGGCGUCGGAGCCGUUGGAUGACACCCUUGGUCAUUCCUUCUGCUACGUCCGAUCCUCCAACCGCUUUCUCUCGCCGACGCCUUCUGAUCGCUUCCUUUCGCCUUCUCACUCCCUCCGCUUCUCUCCCUCUCACGACCUGAAGGCUCGGGCGGGACCGGAAACCGCUUUCAAGACUAUUUCGGGUGCCUCCGUCAGUGCCAAUACGUCUACACCCAGAACUGUCCUCCAACUUGGCAAUAUUUACGACGAUGCCACUGAGGAUACUCUCGGUUACGGCGUCAAGAGCAGUAUAGUGAGCGGCAAUGGGUUCGAGUGCACGUCGUCGUUUAGCUCGUUGCCGCUGCAGCCGGUGCCACGUGGCUGUGCGGGACCGGGUCAUGAACCAAUGGAGCGCGGCGGGUUGUUCAUGUCGGGUCCAAUUGAGCGGGGGGCGUUGUCGGGCCCCUUGGAGGCGAACUCAGGUCCUGAAGGUAGGGUGCAUUUCUCGGCGCCGUUGGGUGGCAUGUAUGUGAAAAAGAAGAGGAAGAAGGGUAUCUCUGGAAUCUUGAGGAAUUUCUCGGAGAAGAAACGGCCGUGGGUGGUUCCGGUGCUGAAUUUUGGGAGGAGGGAGAAUUCUGGGGAGGAGACUGCAGCGGUGGCGGAGGGAAAGAGCGAGGGUGAUGUGCAGUGGGCGUUGGGGAAGGCCGGGGAGGACCGCGUCCACGUCGUUGUUUCCGAAGAGCAAGGGUGGCUAUUCGUGGGGAUUUAUGACGGCUUUAAUGGCCCGGAUGCGCCUGAGUUCUUGAUGGAUAAUCUUUAUCGAGCAGUUCUCCAUGAACUUCGUGGUCUCUUUUGGGAGCUUGAGCAAGAAACCGAAACGAAAACUGAAAAUGAAAAUGAAUUCGAAGCUAGCGCACCAAACCUAACUAGAACAGAUAGUACAACUAAAUCUGAAAAUAAGACUGAAAUUGGGACGUCUAUUGAGGAAGUUAAGAAUGAUGGGGAGGGUCUAAUUAAGGAAAAUGAGUCCAGAGGAGGGCCCCAGGAGAGGGCGAAGAGGGUAACGUUUCAAUCAGAGGGGAUAGAGAUUAGGAGGAGGAGAUUGUGGGAGUUUCUUGCGGAGGAGGACCCAGAAGAUGGGUUAGAUCUUUCAGGGUCAGAUAGAUUUGCCUUUUCAGUGGAUGAUGCAAUUAGUGUGAACAAUGCGGGUUCUGCCUUGAGUAAGAGGUGGUUGCUGCUGUCCAAAUUGAAGCAUGGUUUGUCAAAGCACAAGGAAGGUCAAGGGGGAAACUUCUUGUUUCCACGGAGAUUUAGAUUGGAGGAGAAGGAGAAAGUUGAGGAAGUAGAGAAUAGAGUGGAAGAGAGGGCUGCAAAGACUGGGAGGAAAAGGAAAGAGGGUCCAGUUGAUCAUGACUCUGUUUUGAGGGCAUUGUCAAGAGCUCUUGAAGCAACUGAGGUUGCAUAUUUGGAUAUGACAGAUAAGGUGCUUGACAGAUUUCCGGAGCUUGCAUUGAUGGGUUCAUGUUUGUUGGUGGUGUUAAUGAGGGAUGAGGAUGUGUAUGUUAUGAAUGUGGGGGAUAGUAGGGCAAUUGUUGCACGGUAUGAACCAGAGGAAGUUGGUUGUAGUGGAGAAGGUAGGAGGAGAGGCGAGAGUGGGUCAAGCAUGGAGGCUUUCAUGGAGGAGACUGUGGCUCAGGGUGAAAAGGCAAUAAAGGGAACCAAUGAAGCUCCUACAGUGACCAAGAGGUUGAUUGCAUUGCAGCUGUCGACUGAUCAUAGCACAAGCAUCGAAGAGGAAGUUACAAGAAUCAAGAAUGAGCACCCGGAUGAUAGUCAAUGCAUUGUCAAUGACAGAGUAAAAGGUCGUUUGAAAGUUACCAGAGCAUUUGGGGCAGGAUCUUUGAAACAGCCCAAGUGGAAUGAUGCAUUACUGGGGAUCUUUCGUAAUGAGUUCAUUGGUACUGCACCAUACAUAUCUUGCUCACCCUCUCUCCAUCACCAUAGACUCUGCUCAAGGGAUCAAUUCUUGGUCCUAUCUUCUGAUGGAUUGUAUCAGUACCUAAGCAAUGAGGAAGUGGUUUCUCAAGUUGAGAAUUUCAUGGAGAAGUACCCCGAUGGAGACCCCGCACAGCACCUGAUUGAGGAAGUUCUUGCUCGUGCGGCCAAGAAAGCAGGAUUGGAUUUCCAUGAAUUGCUGGACAUUCCACAAGGAGAUCGUAGGAAGUACCAUGAUGACGUUACUGUUAUGGUGGUAUCACUUGAGGGAAGAAUUUGGAAAUCAUCAGGGAAAUACCUUUGAAAUCUUCUCACGCUGUGCCACAUGGGGACUAGUGAUUUCAGUAUACAAGGGGACAACAACGCUUAAAACCUUGGAACUCCAGGUUUCAGCAAGCAUUUAGGAAACUGUGCAGAGUGACCAAUUUUUGAGGGGCAUCAUGUGAGCAUUUUGGAUCUUACACCAAAAAAGUACAUAUGGAGCAACUCCAAAUGAUAGUGGCAAAGAUUAAUACUAGGAAGUCAGCAAGAGCUAAUUAGAUCCCUGAAAUUUUGGUUUCAGGAUGGAAUGAAAUGAAAACCUGCAGAUGGAAAUGUAGGAAAAUCAAAAUGCCUUUUUAGA